ACGGGUGCAAGGACUCAGAUCUUGCCCAGAAUUUAAUCCGUCAUCGUUCAAACAGGUCAGAGUAAUAUAAUGUAUGUUAAUGGUAUGUACUUCAUUAGCAGUUUCAUGAAUUGAAAGUACCAUCAAGGAUGACAAGGUCGAAUAUGAGCAAGUGAGAUUUAACUUUACCACCGAGACUUGGAUGGAAUUAUCAUCUCAACUGCCAAAAAAAAUGCACUGAGUUGCCACCAAACAAAGAUGAUGUCCAGUGUUGAUAAGGAGGGAAGACAUUGUGUAAGUGCAGGUAGAAAGGAGUCCUCUGAAGAACAAGGAAAGCUAACAGCAGUGCACAAUGUUAGCACAGUUAUGGACAUGAAGCAGAGACUAAAGGAUGAGAAUAAAAAAUUAAAAGAGAUUGUCCAGGAGAUUACAGAAUGGGUUGGACUUGACUACAGUCAAAUCAUGGAGAAAGGAGGUUUGACUUUAAUUCAACAUAGCCUGCAGAAGAUCUUAAAAUCAUUUGUUAUAGCUGAAAAAGAGAAUGGCAAAAGCACCAUUACCAAUAGCAACCUUAGCUGUAAAUUGCAAGAUGAAAUUACAUGCUACCAGAAUCAGUGCCAUGACCUAAAAGAAGAAAUGACGGAAGUUGAAGAGAAGCAGAAGCUCUGCAAAGUGAAUUAUCAAGAUCCUCAAGCUGAAUUAGGGAGGCAGUUGUUUGAAGAGAGCAAAGAAAGGCGCUGUUGGAGGAUUUGUGAGCCCCUUAAUGAACUUGUCAGUGGAAGGAGAAUGCUUGAUAGAAUGACAGGAGCAUGGACAUGUAAACCACUUGGUGGUCCAGGUCUGUUAGACAAAGCAGGUUUCUUGCUUCAACAAAGACCUCAGAAUAUCUCAAAUUCCUAUGCUAGAGAUCUUCUGGAAGGAAUCCAUUGUUUUGAUCCUGUAGAGAAACUUGAUGUACCUUUGCACAAUGGUGACAGAUCAUAUGGGAGAGAGUCUUAUGCACUUCAAGAGAGCAAACAAGGGUUGAUGGAGAAAGUUUUGCCUUGUUUGGAGGAUGUUCACAAGGAAACAUGUUCAGGAAAAGAGACAGGUAUUAGCUCAGACACAUCAACAACUUCACUGACAUUGCUUGUCAGUAGUCAAAGCCAUGAGAGUGCAGCAGAGAAGUCAAAUUGUGAAGAGGGUUUAGUAGCAGAUUAUCAUCGUGGUUUAGAAACCAAGGAUGAUUUGCUACCAAAUGAAAUUCCUCAAGAGACCUGCAGUGUUAAAAGGGUAUGUUCAUGCUUCAACAAAGAGGAGUCCAGGGAGGACCAUGGAAUAGAAUUUAAUCAGAGUCCUGGACCUUCAUUUACUACAGUUGGAAGGGAGAAUGACAAAGGGACUUUUGCCUUUAAAAGCCUUAUUUGUGAAUUGCAAGAUGAAGUUGCCUUCUACCAGGAUCAAUGUUGUGAACUAAGAGAAGAAUUAGUAAACCUGAAAAAGAAGUGGAAGUUCUGUGAAGAUGAGAAACAAGAUCUUCAAGCUGAAGUAGGAAGACAGUUGUUUCUAGAAAGCAAAGAAAGGCGAUGCAGCAAGAUUUAUCAGCCCCCCAGUGGACAUGCUGAUGGGACCAGUAUGCCUGGUAGAGUAAGAGGUGCAUCCCACGACCUCUCAGUUACUGGGGCUAAACUGCUUGGUGGUGCAGGUCCUUUAAACAAAUCAGGGGAAGAAUUUGGGCUGAAAGUAGCAUGUGGUGCCGGAGAUGAAAGGGAUAGGGAAGGCUCAUAUGAAUCCUCUCUUCAUGAUGGUGCAGAAGAACAGUUCAAUUUUAAUCAUCACUUUAAUGGCACUGUAGAUGGUGCUGUUAAUUUACCAGAUAGAGUCCAAGAUAGUACAAUGCCAGUAGACAUUACUGGUGUGAAUCAAGUUUCUCUUCCUUGUGGAGACACAACUCAGAGGCAAAAUAUUUCAGGUGCAGGGAUCACUGCUCCUAAGGAUACAGCAACAGAUCAGUCUGAUUGUCUUGUGGGCAAUCAGUCAAGUACAUGGGAGCAUUUAGGGGCCAGACCAAGAGACAGACUAAUUCCUACAGCAAGAAGAUCCCCAGAACCUUCUUCAUCUCAUUCCUCAUUUUCAAAUCUGGCUCCCGGACAAGUUGCUGGACCUGUGGCUCAUGGAGUAGCCAAUGUAUUCAUAGCAAGACAUUCAGAGGACAAACAUCUUCAUGAAAGUUUGUAUUACACUAAUGCCCAGAUGUUGACUGAGAAUUCUUCCUCGCAUAGAGCUUCUCUUGGAGACAGCAUGAUAAACUUGAUGGACUCAAACCGAUCCAAACCAUAUUGUGGUCAUGUUGCUUUCAGGCCAGAUCCAGUUUCUCAAAUGCAUUCCUCAUUGUCCCCUCAGACUAGUGGUGCAUACAAGAUAAGAAGACCAUCCAUGUGUGAGGAGGAGAGGGAAAUUAGAGCAGAAAGAGGGUUGCAAACCACCACUUGGAUACUGCAGUCAUUAGAGUCCCCUCACAACAGCUAUCAGGCUUCAGAAGAAGGGAUUGAAGCAGCAGAGGCAAGGAUUCAAGCCAGGUGGCCAUGGUUUGGAAGAUGGUUUUGUACAUGUGCUGAUGGAAUGCAUAAUAACCAAGAUGUGGAUGUAAUUUGUACAGAUUGUAUCAUGUACAAAUACUGUGGACCUUGCAGGGGUAGACCACAGAGUGGCCAUGAUGAGUGCUGCCUAUGCAUGCAGGACACAUUUAGUGGUUUACAGGUUUUGCCAUGCUCCCACAAGAUCCACUUGCAGUGUCUUAUCUGGCUGAUUCAACGCAAUGUAUUACAUUGCCCAGCUUGUCUCAGUACCUUUGUCCCCACAAGUUAGUUAUACUCAAGGCCUGUAGCCUCACAGUUCACCUUUAAAAUGGUGAAGGCCAACGUGUUGGUCUCUUUGAAUGUGAAUCACUCAAGUGCAAAGCAAGGAUUUGAUUAAUUAUGUAAUCUUGUGAAACUCACUUGGCCGGCUUCUAUUGUUUUACCAAAGUAAUUGUUUAAUUUUACUUCAUCAUUUAUACAUUUCAUACAAAGGAUAUGUUUCUCAAGAAAAAAGAGAGCUUAUUUAGGAAAAGUAUUUAUAAAGGAACGUAAAACUACAAAGGAUAAUUAAGAUCAAGUGUAUGCCCAUGUUGAAUUUAUAGGUUAUAUUUGUUCUCAGUAACCGGAAAUAAUGGUAGUUUUAAGUUCCAGCUAGAUUAUGGAAUUUUGAACAGGGCUCCUCCUUUGCAGUGGUAAUAGUUAAAAAUUUGGGUCACAAAACUGGUUUUUGAGUCAUAAGCACAUAAAGCUGAAGCAGAGCUGUCAAUAAGAGCCGCUAGCUGACUGAAACCGCUGGCUAGCCAGCUACUUUUAAUCUUGAUCUUUUAAUCUUUUAAGUGCUAAUGAAAAUUUAUACUAUUAUUGAAAUACCAUCAGAGAAAUCCGCACAGGUGCUAUGGAUCUUAUGCAUAAUUCACUAGUAACAGGUUCAAAUGCGGGAAAUAAUACCCCGUGUAGAUUCUUUGUGAAGGUUCAUGCCAACUUCUUGGGUUGUGGUUAGUUUUCUGUUUUCCCUGCGGACAAAACACGAUGGCAUCCACAAUAACUUCACUGUCCACUAUUUCUUAAUGGCCCUCUGCUUCCAAACCAGGUGACAGCCUUGCUAAAGUUAAAGGAGACUGAUGGUACUGUCAGUAUAAUAAUUGUAAGGAUUUUUUCGAAAAGUGAUCACUAUUUGUCUAGGGAUUUCACUGAAUGUUUAUUCAAUGCCUUUUUCAAGGAAAGAAAGGUCAAAGCAUUUUGGUGGGAUAGGAAAAAAUUGUUUUCAGCCGCCAUAAGUUAAAUAUGCCUUCACUAUUUCUUGUACUUUCAUAUUUUAAUAUUUAAGUAAUUAAUUUAUUUGUACGAUAUGAAUGGAAAAGAAGACAUUGCCGUGAAAUGUUCUGCCGAACAAGUAGUAUCGUCUUCAAACACUGGUAAACAGUAACGGAUUCCAUAGAAUCAUUUAUUCUAUGUUGAUUCUGGACCUCUACGUGGACCCUCAUCCAGUUAUUUUGGAGCUAAUGCUAGCUCAGACAGUUACUUAAAUUCAUAUUUACUCUUAAUUUUCUUAACAAGUGACUUUGCUCUUUUUACAAGAGCUCCUCAAGUACCACAAGGUGGGCUCUUCUUUCUUUGCAAAUCAAUUGACUUAUCAUUCAGGGUUCAGCAGUGAGCUCUAAUUUGAUGGAUAUCACAAGAUCCGAAAGAUCUGCAAUGCUUGGUUACAUAUGCAGGAAUGAAUGAUCAAGAUUACUGAAGAUGAACAUAUAAAACUACGAAAGGAAUUCAUUGGAGUUGCGUGACAAUUUCCUGCUUGAAGUGGAAUAGCGGAAAGAGGAGAAAGAAGUGUUUGAUUUGGAAAUUGAAAGAAAAGAGUGUCAAAAAAGCGCACAAAGGGAGGAGGAGAGCUGGAGAAAGCCUGAUGGUGGCCUUAUGCAUUGUUGCGAGCUAGAACUCUCUAAAUUCCUUGAGCUUUCUGUAACACAACCAACAGUUCUCAAGCAUUGUUACCUGGCGUAGAUGAGAGUUUCAGCUGGGAACUCAUAGUUCAGAGAAUCGUGGUGCACAAGUGCUGCUGAAGAGGAUGCACAAAGUGUUUGUCACAUUUUGCCAUGCUUCUAGAAAGGUCAUCUAGAGUGUAUUGUCAGGCUGAUUUUGCACAACUUUUACAUCUAGACCUCUCUAAAUUCCUUGAGCUUUCUGUAACACAACCAACAGUUCUCAAGCAUUGUUACCUGGCGUAGAUGAGAGUUUCAGCUGGGAACUCAUAGUUCAGAGAAUUGUGGUGCACAAGUGCAGCUGAAGAGUGUGCGGGGAUGACAUUUUUCUCCAAGGGUAACAGUACCUCAAGUUCUACAUCAGGGAUUAUCUUUUAGGAAGUGAAGCCUAUCGUUGUUCAAGGAGUAUUCCUUAGUGGUGUGAAUCACUCGAGACAUGCCCGUAAAACAAGAUUCUGGUUCGUCUCAGAACUUCCUGCCAUCUCAACGGGCAAUCACUUCUGUUACUUAUAUAACAAAGGAAAAGAACCUGUGAUAAAUAAUAGGAAAACUGUUGUAAAAUUUAACAAAAUGGAGUGGGC